AUGACCGAGCUCGUGGAUUUACAGGGCCUGGCAGAUCGCUCAACGCUACCUUUCGACAUCGGUUUGCUGCCACCCGCCGAGAGUGGGCGCCUGUUCACCAUUACGCAUCGGCGUCGAGGCAAAGUUCCGUCCGACACCUUUGCCACCUAUCGAGUGGCCCAGGCGUCGCAUCAAGCUGACGCGUCUGCAAUGAUUGAAACGUGCAGGCAUGCCAUGCACCAGAUGGCAGUGCCACCCUCUUUUGUGAUCAGCGAGGCGAUGUUUGGCAUCUACACUUUGCUUCUCGAAGAUCGCUGCACUUGUUUGGCCGAGGUGCACGACCCAACCCAUGUGGUUCAUCAUUUAUCGGCCGAUUACACGGGAAAACGUAUCCUGCCCAGCGUUGCUGUAGCCAACGUGAGACACCUUUUGGCAUUCGUGCUCAUAUUUACGCUCUUCAUGUUCCUAACCUCAGCGGCCGAGGCCUUGCUACUGGAUGCCGAGACACUGGACUCAUUGCGAGCAUUGCACGGGGCUGAAGGCAUUGGUCUUCGCACAGCCUUUUUCAACAAUGCCCGCGGAGAGGUCGUUACGUGUUUUCGCAACGAUGUCAUCAUGACAUGGACUGCGGACCGUCUCGAGUACCAGCUUGAGCUGCGCGUUCCCAGCUCGUUGUUGUCAUCGCUUCAAUCGUCCACUGAUGGUCCCGAACGACAUGCGCCGACCCAUCAACUGCGCUGCUUCGCCCUCUCUGCCGACGGCACCACACUGGCCGCUGCGGGCAAGGGCGCGCAUACAUACUUGUGGAACCUGGGCACGCAACAGCUGGAGCGAGCCAUCUCCCUCCCAGAGGCCAAGAGUGUCAUUGGUCUGAGUUUUGUCGCUGAUCAAAGCCGUCGGGAACUCUUGGCUAUCCUUGCGCAAGACGGCAUUCUCUCGCUGUGUGCCCCGGACACGGGUGCCAUUUAUGCGCAACUCGGACCACCACACGACGUAUUUAUAGAUGCCAUCAGUGGGAACCCGCGCUCUCGAUACCUCUUGGCCACGCUCAUUAGCGGGCAGUUGGGCGUCUACGACGUCGACGCCUGCUUGCGCGUGACAGGCAGUGGUGCCUCUCGUGCAGCAGCCGUGCAAGCAAAUCACAUGGAGGCGCGGCUGGGCGCUUCCCGCCGUGAGGGCAUGGCGCGUGCGACCACGUUGCCCACGCAAGCCUUUACCCCCGUCACCAGCACCUCGCUCAAAGCGUCCCGUGACGACAGCACCACCACCAACUCUACCACUGCGCGGCAAUGGCGAGAGUACAUGCCAAAAGUCUCUUUUGCUCAGCUCCGUGACGUCUUGCACGGUCUCGGAGAGUACCCAGCCCAAUAUAGGCAAACAUACAGGGUGCUCAUGAAUAAUGUGUUUUCUAGGCGCAUCAUCUGGCGCAUUGUCCUGCAAACGCCAUCAAAUGCCGAGGCGUUUGGUCGCCUGCUUGAGCUUGGCACCCAUCCUGCUCACCUUCAAUUGCAUCGCAAGUAUCCCAUCAAGUCUCGCAAGCUGUUGCGCGUGCUCCAGAGGACCUUAUCUUGUCUGUCCCAUUGGAGUCCUGUCUUUGCUGAAGCCGACUUUAUCGCCGCUGCUGUCUUUCCUUUUGUCAAGCUUUUCCAAAACUCACCCGCUUUGAACGCGAUUGAGAACAUGCUUGCGUUGCACGACGAGGCUCUCCUGAGAGCGCUCAUUCGACUCGAGGCUACGGCAGACCUCUACGCCUGGCCGCUGCUCUACACAGUGCUGUCCGAAGUCUUCUAUGAGAAGGACUGGUUGGUGGUGUGGGACAACAUUCUAUCCAAUCAUCCCGCCUACCUCUUUGCCGUGGUGGUUUCGUUCCUGAUGGAGCUACGGGUCAAGCUGAUGCAAUGCCGCAGUUGCGACGAGUUGUACCAGCUUUUGCACCACAAGCAUAGCCUCAACGUGGCCCAACUAGUCCAACGCGCCUACACCAUUUUGCAGACCCCGAAUCAGGAGGUGGACUUGCGACGAAUCUUUGAUGGCUUUGCUCCGCUCUCUCGGCAGGAUUACCCGUUAUUCGAGGAGUAUCCAGCCUUUGUGGUCAACUAUCAGGGCUCUUCGUACUGUCAAAAGACCCUCAUGCAUGUGGCGUGCUCAACUCUCCUCGUGAAGCUCAAGGAAAAGGAGCGCAUUCGUCGUGAGGAGAUGCGCCUGCUCAAGGAGCGGACGGCGCUCAUGGCUGAAGGACGACAGCUGGGGCUUGUUGCAGCACAGCGUGCCGGUCAGGCACGUCGUCAGGAGCUUCUUGAAGCUGCCAUGCGCGCGCAAGAAGACGAGAUCAAAGCUGACGAGCUGCGACUUGACGCACAACGAGCCGAGUUGCAAGCUUUGCGCCGGCAACAGGAGCUCAAAAUGUUGCAGCCCGCAGUGCAGCCGGACGAGACCGCAGACGGGGCGUCUCAACCAUCAACCUCUUUCUCGGAUCUUUAUCGCCAGACACACGCACUCGAAGAGUGGAUUGAAGAGCUGGACCAGCGCAUUGACCAGCAACAGCAUGCGGAUUCGCUUCGCUUUGAUUCAUACCGUCAGCGAGUGGACGUGGCUAUGGAAAGCGAUGCCCAGCAAGGGGCGGCAGAUCAGUUGACUUCUUCGUUGCGGGAUCAGCGAAAUAGUUUGGAGCGUCAACAACAGCGCCUCCUCGCUGAUGUGCAGCAGUUGCGUCGCGAGCCCGCACUGAUGAACGACUGCCUGACGGGUGCUCUCAGAUCUCUCACGCUCGGCGUUGAAGCCUGA